AUGCCUCGUCGCAAGUUCAUCGACAAGAAGACCGCCAUCAACUACAGACUCGUCCAUCGCGCCCAGAAUGACCCCCGAAUCCACGAUGAGGAUGCACCGCAAAUGGUCUUCGCCGAGACCGGCGCCGCGAACAUGCGCGAGGACUCUGAGCCAGCGGGUAGUUCACGAGCAUCACAGUACUCGGCAGCCACAGGCCGGAGCAAGAUCAAGUCACGGAGGGAACUAGAGAGCGAAUACGAAGCCAAAGUGCGUGAGAAUGAGGGAGAGGCUGCCAACUAUGGCGUCUACUACGACGACACCGAGUACGAUUAUAUGCAGCAUUUGCGCGAUCUGGGCAGCGGUGGGGGAGAGGCAUACUUCGUCGAAGCACCAGCCGAAAAGAAGAAGGGCAAGCAAAAGCUAGAUUUGGCAGACGCGCUACGAAAUGUAUCGCUUGACGACCGAAAGAGCGAGGCGGGACUCAGUAUCAGCAGUAAUAUCAGCAGCGUGAGCGACGUCUUCGGCGAGGACAUGGCGCCCUCAGAAUUCGUGCGCAAAACCACAUAUCAAGACCAGCAAAACAUCCCAGACGCAAUCGCCGGUUUCCAGCCAGACAUGGAUCCGCGGUUACGAGAGGUCCUCGAAGCGCUGGAGGAUGAUGCGUACGUCGACGACGAGGACGACAUCUUCGCCGCGCUCGCAGAAGACGGGUACGAAGUCGAUCAGCGCGAGUGGGACGACACAUACGAUGUUGAGGAUCGUAACGCCGUGGAUCGCUUCCUCGACGAAGAAGACGAGGGCUGGGAAUCAGACGACACGAUCAAAGCCUCGUCGCCGAAGCCCAAAGCCGCGCCCACAGAUCCAGACUCGCUGCCUGCACCCAACGAAGCACCCGCCGCGGCUGAAGAAGGCGACCUCGCGUAUCUCGAGGAGUUUAAGAAAUUCAAGAAUGAUGUGAAGGCGGGGAAGACGGCUAAGCCCACCGCGCCCUCGGGCAUGGAGUCAAGUAUCAUAACGGGAGCAUCGGCGCUCACCGCCGGCGGCCGCAAGAAAAAACGCAAAGGCGCCAUGACAUCUACAUCCGGCUACUCCAUGUCGUCCUCGGCCCUGCACCGCACCGAAGGUCUCACCCUACUCGACCAGCGGUUCGACAAGAUCGAAGAAGACUAUGCUGACGACGGCUUCGGCGACUUCCCGGACGACGCGAGUAUGGUGUCUGGAAUGAGCAAGAUGUCAGGCAUGUCAAAGAUGAGCGGCAUGAGUCAGUGGUCGAGCAGCGAAGCGCCAGAGCUGCGAAGCGAUUUCGACAACAUCAUGGACGAUUUCUUGGGGAAUCAUCAUGUGGCGGGGAAGAGGAGGGUGAAGAAGGGCAAGCAGCAGACGGGCUUGGAGCAGUUGGAUGAAGUGAGACAGGGGCUUGGGCCCGCAAGGGUGAGCAGGCCCAAGACACAGGCUACGUUUGUUUGA